AUGAAGGUAUUUGCUAUAUAUUUUUCACAAUACGAUAAAACAUACAGUAUUAAUAAAAAUAUAUUUGACAUUAAAAAUGACAUUUUAAAACAGUUACCUUCGUAUGCGUUAUAUAAUAAAUUUAAUUCUGAGAUUAAGGAGGUAAAAUAUAACAACGCUUGUAAAAUACUUGAUUCAGUAACAAGUGAAUACAAGGAUAAUUGUAUUAAUCUUUGUAAAAAAGUUGCAAGAAAUUUAGAGAAUUUACCUAAAAAGGAUAAGUCAUGGAGUUAUGAAAACCGUUGUUCACAUUAUAAAUACUGGUUAUAUGAAGAAAUAAGAAAAUUUUUUAAAGAUGAUGCGAAACCAAAUGAUGUGGAAGUAGUUAUUAAAGAAUUUCUUAGAGUUCAACCCCUUCUUACCACAGAUUAUGAAAUAUUAAAUUGUGAUUAUAAAUUUUCACAAAAAAACUUACAGGAAUUGGAAACUAAAAUCGAGGAGAAAUAUAUGUUUGAUUACUUUACAAAUUAUGAACAUAUUAAAGCUAAAGAAACUUGUGUUAAUGUGGAAAUUGAAAAAUAUAAAAAAUAUCUUAAUUUUAUUCUUCAAUUAUACAAUAGAAAAAAAGGGGUAUGUUGUGUGGGAAAAAUAUCGAAAUGUCCAAACUACUUGUUAAAUUGUGAUAAUGAAUUUAAUCCAAGUAAACUCUUAUCUAAAUUAGGAUCCUCAUAUGACGGAAAUUGUAAUGGACUAAAAAGUUUUACAGAAAAUAAAACCUCUGAAAAAGAAUUAGAAUCAAGCGAUUUCGAACCAGAUUUUUUGGAGACAUUUCAUUUCACUAAUUGUAAUAUUAAUAAUAUUAGCCCCAAUUUACAAUGUGCUUUUAUACAAGCAUCUGGCAUGACGCGCAGAAAUCAGAGUUCAGUUGGAAGCAGUGAACAGGGAAAUGAUGAUAAAUUAUCUUUAGAAAAUAAAGAAUUUGAAUCCAGGAUAAAAUCGGAAGCGUUAGUUCAACAUGAAGAAAUUAGAAAGAGAGUAGGAUUUGAAGAUCAAGAUAAAAAAAAUUUAUUGCCACUUCGCAAAAAAGGCACAGAUGUUGAUCUUAGAUGGAAACUAGGAAAAGAUGGAACAUUACAUUGUCCUGCAGAAAAAUCAGGGGAAGAUACAUCAGGACUUUGUAAGUAUAUAGAACAAUUGGUUGGAAAAGGUAUUCUUGUAAAAAUAAAGAAUACUGGGGGUUAUCGGCUAGCGGAGGGAAAGUCAUGGCCUACAAGUGAACUUAAAAUAUAUGUUAAAAAAGAAAGCCAAAGACAAUCCAUGGAAAUGAACACACAAAAAUAUAUUAUAUCAGAGUUAGAAAAUGUUUUAAAGGCUAAUCAAGAAGGAAGCUCUGUUACUAAAAAAUAUAAUGGAAAAGCAUUUCUCGGAAAGGAAGAAGAAACUAAUAUUUUACAAAACACUUUUUUCCGUGUUGUCACUGUAACUGUUUUGUUUACUCCAUUUGGAACAUAUCUAGGUAAAACUAGAAAAAGGAAAAAAAGAUAUAGGACUAAUUUUUCUGAAUUAAGUACACAAAGACUACCAAGGAGAUUCAUAAAACGUACAUAUAGGAAUUCUGAAAGGAGGAGAUUUAGUGUAGUAAAUGUAGAACCACGAAAUUCAUUUCAUUAA